UUUUCAAAGCAUAGUAAGUAUUUGUACAGUACUUGAGUCAGAAUAGUUUUAAAAUUAAGUAUUUGUUUGUUUUUCUAGUGCUGAGUCAGAAUACUCAUCAAUAAUGCAGCUUUCGAAAAUGAAAGAGAUAUGCAGUUGGCAAUUUAGGAAGCCAAAUAAAUCAAAAUCUGUAAUACAUUUUGAUAGCAUACCGUCAGAAAUACUUCUGAAAAUAUUAUCCUACUUAGAUGUUGCAUCUCUACUGUGUAUUGGCUGUGUGAGCAAGCUUUUUUAUGAUCUAUCCAAUGACAAUGUUAUCUGGUUCAAAAUAUACUCUAAGUCUUUUCUACCUAAAAGAAAAGUAUGGAGAACUAAAUCUGACCAGGAAAAAGAUUGCACAUCUCUGAGCUUUCCGGAAUUGCAAGAUGCCAAGUCAAGAUGCUGGAAAAGAGAGUACUUUAUGAAAAAAAUAGCUGCUCAAAGAUCCAGUGUAAUUCAGCUUCUUAAGCCAAUUAACACUUACACUGGUCUUCCACUUAAAACCAAAGAAGCUAUCAAAAUCUCUGCUCUGAGAUGGGUAAUCUUAUUAAAGGAUCAAAAUGGAAAGGAACAUGAAAUGGAUCAGGCUGACAUUUCUUUUAAUGAAACGUCUGUUACUGUAUAUUGGUAUAAUAAAAAAUGGCCUCCCUUAGAUACCUUGUCAACUUUGCAGUUAUUUGGAGUGACCCCAGUACUUUUGGGUGAGGAUAAAGUACAUAACAAUAAUGGCCCAUGGCAACGUUCUUUAGUUUCUGAAUACAAGGUGGCUAACAUGACUGAAAAUGCAAAAAUGAUUGGUUGUGAUGCACUUGUUGAACUCUACCAUUUUGACCAAGGGUUCAUGCUGGGUCUUUGGAAGGUAAGAUUGUUUCAGAUAGUUGAAGAAGAAAAAAAGGGUAUUGAAAGAAUAUCUGAAGGACAUGAAGAAGAUGCUAAUACAACAGGAAGGCUUACUGAGUACUGGAGAGAUGACAUUGGCUUACAUGAAAGACUAAAUGAAGAACAGAACAGACAUGCCCUAUACAUGCAAUCUUCUCCAUUUUUUUCCAGGAGACAUUAUGAAGCCCCUAUUAAGGCUAUUCCAGAUGAUAUUGAUCCUGAGUAUGGCCUGCAUGGCUAUCAGCUGCAUAUUGACUUACAGAGUAGAGGAAAUAAUUAUAUAUGUAGUACAUUUCGCAGUUUGUUUUGUAAAAAAGAAUAUAUUAGAAAUGGAUAUCUCAGGCUUACAGUAAUCAGUUACAAAAAGGAAGCUCAACAUCUUCCUCUUGAUGGAAACAUUGGAUUGUUUUGGAGGACAGAUGCAUUUGAAGGCAUUAUCAAG